UCUCCAGACCAGACCAGACCCCCCCUGCUCCGGCGGUCCGACCCUAAGGAACACCCGUCUCCAGACCAGACCAGACCCCCCCUGCUCCGGCGGUCCGACCCUAAGGAACACCCGUCUCCAGACCAGACCAGACCCCCCCUGCUCCGGCGGUCCGACCCUAAGGAACACCCGUCUCCAGACCAGACCAGACCCCCCCUGCUCCGGCGGUCCGACCCUAAGGAACACCCGUCUCCAGACCAGACCAGACCCCCCCUGCUCCGGCGGUCCGACCCUAAGGAACACCCGUCUCCAGACCAGACCAGACCCCCCCUGCUCCGGCGGUCCGACCCUAAGGAACACCCGUCUCCAGACCAGACCAGACCCCCCCUGCUCCGGCGGUCCGACCCUAAGGAACACCCGUCUCCAGACCAGACCCCCCCUCCCCCGGCAGCCCGACCCUCCACAACAAUGAGCUCCUCGCCGCGCGCCCCCCGCGCCUCCAUCGACAUCCUGGAGGAGCUCCAGCUGAUCGCCGCUCAGAACCUGGAGAAGCUGGACAUCAACAAAUACUACGAGGUGGUCCGUGAGCUCGGGAAGGGAACCUACGGCAAAGUGGACCUCGUCGUCCACAAAAUCCGAGGCACAAAAAUGGCUCUGAAGUUCCUGAGGAAGAAGAGCACGAAGCCGCGGAGCUUCCUGAGGGAGUACAGCGUGUCCCUGUACCUGUCGCCCUGCCCCUUCAUCAUCAACAUGUACGGCAUCGCCUUCGAGACGGACGAGUACUACGUCUUCGCUCAGGAGUACGCGCUGGCAGGAGACCUGUUCGACAUCAUCCCUCCACAGGUGGGUUUACCUGAGCCGGUGGCCAAGCGCUGCGUGCACCAGGUGGCCAUCGCGCUGGACUACCUGCACUGCAAGAAGCUGGUCCACCGGGACAUCAAGCCCGAGAACAUCCUCAUCUUCGACACCGAGUGCCGGAAGGUCAAGCUGUCCGACUUCGGCAUGACGCGGCGCGCCGGCUCCCCCGUGAAGCGCGUGAGCGGCACGAUCCCGUACACCGCGCCCGAGCUGUGCGACGCCGCGCGGCACGAGGGCUUCCGCGUGGACUACAGCACGGACGUGUGGGCGUUCGGCGUGCUGCUCUUCUGCAUGCUCACGGGCAACUUCCCCUGGGAGAAGGCCAUGCCCGACGACAACUUCUACGAGGAGUUUGUGCGCUGGCAGUGCCGCCGCGCCGCCGCCGUGCCGUCGCAGUGGCGCCGCUUCACCGACGAGGCCCUGCGCAUGUUCCGGAGGCUCCUGUGCGUCGAGCAGGAGCGCCGCUGCUCCGUCAAGGAGGUGUUCAGCUACUUUAACCCGUGCUGGAUGUUGGACACGGAGAACGGGAACGGGACCGGGACCGGCGGCGGCUUGGCAAGCAGCGCGCCUCCUCUGGACAUCAGCUCCUCUUCCUCGGAGGAGGACGCGUUAGCGGACAGACUGAAGCAGCAGAGCUUGACGCCCGCGGCGGCGGCGAAGGGGAGCGUCGUGAUGGACACCCACUACUCCUCCAUGUCCACCAACAGCUCGCCGGCCUCCACCGGCAGCUACGAGAGGGUCAACCGGGACAACAACGAGAGGGGACGCCUCCUGGUGGCGACGCCCAUCGAGAUCUGCGUGUAGGCGGCGUGCGCGCACAUGCACGCGGGAGUGAUGCCGAGGAGGAAAGAUUCCUCCCGACGAUGAGGAAGAAAUAUUUAAUAAAAAAGAAGAAGUGCGUUGCGACCGGGAUCGAACCCCUCGGACACGCGGCUCUGCAGGAGACGAGCACAAGCCUCCUCGUUUUAGACUCACUGGACAACGAGAACAAUAAAGAGGACAAAAACAUUCAUGACCCACAAGCAAUAUGUCCAAAUGUUUGGAAUAGUCCACCAAAAGAAAAGUUAUGAUCGACUUUUUAAAGAUGAAUAGUUGAUGGUGCCAUUGUGUGUUGGUUUGGUAGACAUGUUCCUGUAAAGUGUUUAUUUUUAUUUAGUUAAAUUAUGUAUUUAUUUAUAUCAGAUGCAUAUAUUUAUGAUUUGUUUUACCAGAGAGGGGCUUUAAAAAAACAAAAACAUUUUUCUUUUAAUAUUUGUCAUGUUGAUGUU